AGUAUGACAGCUGUCAUAAUAAUGAUUUACGUCAACUAAGUUGGCAACAUAAAAUUUAGCCUUUUUCCGGCUCUCUGUGGCAUUGAAAGCCUCAAGAUGAAGCAAAUCGUUGCUAAUCAAAAAGUGAAAAUCCCCGAGGGGCUAACAGUCCAUGUGAAAUCCCGCCUUGUGACAGUUAAAGGCCCGCGAGGUGUUCUAAAGAGGAACUUCAAACAUUUGGCUGUGGACAUUCGGAUGGUAAACCCCAGGUUACUAAAAGUGGAAAAAUGGUUCGGUUCCAAAAAAGAACUUGCAGCAGUACGAACUGUAUGCUCUCACGUUGAAAACAUGAUCAAAGGUGUAACUAAAGGAUUCCAAUACAAAAUGAGGGCUGUAUACGCUCACUUCCCCAUCAACUGUGUCACCAUUGAAGCUAACACAGUUAUCGAAAUUCGUAACUUCUUGGGUGAAAAAUACAUCAGAAGAGUAAAGAUGGCUCCUGGUGUAACAGUAGUCAACUCCACUAAACAAAAGGAUGAGUUGAUCAUUGAAGGCAACUCCCUGGAGGAUGUUUCCAGUUCUGCAGCCCUUAUCCAACAGUCUACCACAGUUAAAAACAAGGACAUCAGAAAGUUCUUGGACGGUCUAUAUGUGUCUGAUAAAACAACUGUUGUUGUAGAUGAAGCGUAAGGAUAAUAAAUUUUAAGCCGAA